ACAUUGAAACGGUUAUUCAGUUUUAAAAUAUUAUUUUUUAAUUCCAUUCAUUUUAUUUUUUAUAACACUCAUUUAAAGCCAAAAGAAUUCUAUUUCUAUAAUAAUGAAAAAUAUGAGAUUAAAUUUAAUUGCUGCAGUUUGUGAUAACAUGGGAAUUGGAAAGAAUGGAGAUCUUCCUUGGCGCUUAAAAAAGGAAUUGAAAUAUUUCUCUGCUCAAACGAAAAAAGUUAAUAAUCCUGAGAAGAAAAAUGUUAUUAUAAUGGGAAGAAAAACUUAUUUUGGAGUUCCUGAGAGUAAACGACCACUGCCAGAUCGAUUUAAUGUCAUCCUUACAUCUGAACCUGAGAAAUAUGAAUUUCCUUCUGAAGUCAUUGUUGCAAAAAGUAUGGAAGAUGCGUUCCUUAAAUUAGAUGAACCAAAAAUAAAAGAUCAAAUCGAAAAUGUUUGGAUUGUUGGAGGCCAUUCUGUCUAUAAAGAAGCUAUGGAGUCUCCAAUGUGUCAUCGAAUUUAUAUUACUCGUGUCAUGUCGACAUUCGAUUGUGAUGCAUUUUUCCCAACUAUUCCUGAUAAUUUCAAUCGCAUUAAAAAUGACGAAGACAUUCCUGAAGAGGUUCAAGAAGAGAAUGGAAUCAAAUAUCAAUACCAAAUAUAUGAAAAAGUUUAAUUAAUUACGAUUCUGAUAUUUUAAACGUUAAUAUGAAUCAAAAUUUAUUUUUUAAAGCCCUCAAUUGUCAACAAAUAUUACUUUCCUUCUUAUAUUUAAGGUAAAAUUUUCCAUCAUAGAAAUCUUGAAGCAACGAAAUUGAAAAUUUCAUUUUUCUCUCGUGGAAAUAAAUGAAAGUAAUGAAAUGUUGAUAAGGUCUUCGUUAAAGUUCUUAAUAUUCUAGAAACAUAAUUUUUUCAUAAAUUUUUAAUAAAAUACAAAGAAAAAAGAGAAGAAAACUUCUUUUCUACCCGACGUUGUGCUACAUCGGUCGUUUCAUGAAUAAAAUAUAAAUUUCGUUUCCGUAUAUCUCGAAUCUUUUUUUUACGUUCAAUGAACGUCGAUG